AAAGCGCUAUUAACUUGUUGAGAGAAAACGAAAAAAAGUUUGUGUUGGUCAUCGAAAGAAGAGAAGACUUGGACGAGAGGUGAUGUAAUUGUAAACAAUAAUCAUGUUUUACGAAAAUAGUGGGAAAAAGGGAAAGAGGAAAACAAAAGUUUACGAAAUAGACUAAGCUAAAGCUAUAUUACGGUAUUUGUUCCCUGUCGUUGUGCAGAUGUCAGAAGCCUCUCUUCAUUACGUACAGAUACCGUAGGACUGAAAGGGUGGUUCCCCUUUGGUUCGAGAAGUUGUUUUCUGUGCGCUCAUUCUGAAAGCAGGCAAGAGCAUAUUAUUGGCUAAAGCAUUUCUUUUCUAUACAGUUUGAUCAAUAUCAUGGAAUCACAAUGUCAAAAUGCAGAAGAGUUUUUUCAGCAUUUAAAAUUGUCAAAAUGCAAUGACAAUAACACACCAUCAAAUAAGAAAUUACCAAGUGUUGUCAUCAGAAAAUAUCCAUUGACAAGAUACCAUCAUAAUGCAUUGAUAAAUAGAAACAAGAGACCAAACAUUGAGGCGCUUGGACAAGAUGAAUCUUUAAAUAACACUAAAUCUAUAAACCCCAAAAAACGAAAGAAGUUAAGUCUUGCGGAAAAGAUAAAAUUGCUCAAGGAAAGUACACCGGAACUCAAGGAAAAAGUUGGUGAGCCAAAAAAAUUGAACUGUGAUCUUUGUCAGAUUGAAUUUAAUUCAAAACAUGAUUAUGAAAAACACACAUACACUGUGAAGCAUAUCUUUAAGACUGAGAUGGAGAUUGGGACCGAUCAGAAUGCUCUAUCAAAGGAAAAGGAAGUCUUGAAAACCCAAACAAAUACCUAUAAAUGUAUAUAUAGUCCCUGUUGUGCAGAAUUUGAUAAAUUAGAAAAAUUUCUACGUCAUCACAGAGAACAUACUGGUGUUUGUCCUUACCUAUGUACAAGAUGCAAAUCCAAGUUUAAAGUAAAGUCUGAUCUGGCAAGUCAUUUAAAGAGACAUCUUGGUAUGAAAAAUAUAUCGUGUGAUCACUGUGAUAUGACAUUCACCAAAACACGAUGUCUUGUUCAACACCUAAUCACAAAGCAUGGUGAGAAAGACAUAAGGUCAAGGAAUUUCAAAUGCACUGAAUGUGGCGAGGCUUUCUUAUCUAAAGCUGCUGUUGAUCGGCAUAUGAGGUGGCAUACAGGAUAUAGACCAGAGACUUGCCAUGAAUGUGGAAUGAGUUUUCACACCAGAUUUGAUUUGAAUGACCAUCUUAGGAUACAUUCAGGGGAAAAACCGUACAAAUGUGAAGAUUGUGAGUACAAAGCAAGAACAGCACAACUGCUAAAACGACAUAGGAAAAUACACACUCUAGAGAAACCAUUUACAUGCAAAGAAUGUGACUUCAAAUGCAGCAGCUCAAGUUCACUCAAAAGACAUACAUUGAUACACUCUGGCAAGAAGCCAUACAAAUGUCCAUAUUGUUCUCACAGGAGUGCCAACAUAGAGAAUUUACGAAAGCAUAUAAAGAAAGUAGCAAAACAUAAGGGAUUGAAAAUUUAUCCAUGUUCACACUGUCCUGCACUGGAGUUCUCCACAGACGAUGGUGCUGAAUUUCUUUUGCAUAUGAAGCAGUACCAUUUUCCAAAUCUUGAUCUGAAGUCCGUUACCGCAACAAAGCUAUCAGGAAUACAAAUAGAUGAUGUCAAUCAGGAAGCAGAAUCAGAAAAUGAAGAUGAAAUUACUGGUGUACAAGGUCGUACAGUUUUCGAUAGGUCGUCGGACUCACUUUUGCAAGACAGUGGUCUGAGUCAAGAAGCCCUUGCCAAUAUGCAACCGUCAAGUCUGUUGCCAGAACUUGGACUGAGGUCAACAUUAGAAACAUUGAAUGAAUCUGAUUUGAGAUGUUUGGACCCGCAGAUGACAAAUAAAGGAGAUGUCUUCUUGUCAUCAAUGGCACCUAUUGAUAAUAAUGAUCUUCGUAAGCGAGGUCCUUUUGAAGCAGAAAAUACAGUGUCUGAAACUUUAUCUGGGAGUUCCAUGACAACGCCAAGCCAAGAAAACGGAACUGCAAAUCCAGAAAUAAAUCUGAACCAAGGAUACUUGGCUCUACUUGUCAAAUGGCCGAGUAAUCAGAACGUUGAAGUACAGCAAGGUCCGGUCGAAGGAUGUAGCUCUGGAGUGCCAUUAACAUUAGUUGUAAAUAGUAGCCCAAUGUUUUUAAGCGCACUGGACAAUACUCCAGCUGAGCCACAACCUGAUAAUUCUAAUAAUGUCCAGGCUGGAAAUGGAAGAACAACAUAUACUAUAUCACAUAAUGGGCUAUGUCUUACUGAUGGAAGCAGAACAGCAAAACCAGAUUCUGCUUUGAAGACUUUACAACCAGUUACAUUUGAUCCUAUUCCUACUGAAAAAAAUGUUAAUACUUCAGCAAGUCCACAAAUUUCUGAAACACCUAAAAAUACCUUCAUGACAAAAUCUUCAAUUCAUGUUCCAAAUCAACCGCCUAAUAUACUGACCGUGAGUCCAGAGAAAGUCAAUGAAACUUGAAGUGGUUAUAAUUGUGUAACUCGAUCUGUGCAUGUGCAAUAUUGUUAUUUAUUUAUCUUCAGUCUGUGGUAUCUGAAUAUGUACAGAGCGAAAUUGCAAUCAAGCCAAUUGGUUGAAUAUCAGAACACAAAAAAUCAGUGCUGAGAAAAUUGUGGUAUUGUGUUAGCUGAGUAUUUCAGCACUUCUAUUCUGAGUAAUCACUUAGGCAACUCAAAAGAAUGCUUUUACGAUCCAUACUGCGUGGACAUAGAUUAGCUCUUAUUCUGGAAUAAAAAGUUUUAUCACAGCGA